UGUUAGGGUAAGGUCAAAGUAUCUUCCGAUAUAAUAUUUGUUGUCUCGUCUCUCUCAAACCUGCAAUUAGGGUUUCGUCCGUCUUUCUCGAUUUCGUUUCUUUUUCCCGAUGGAAAUUGAAACGCGCAGUACGAGUAAGGAAAAACGACGGCCACACUCUGAUGAUAUAUGCGACCAAGUCUUAGGCCGCUACGGCAAAUCCGUCGCACCUCAACACGUCAAACUCUGCAAAAUUGCUACGCGUACCCGCAAAUCCCUAAGAUCUGGAUAUCGGCUCACGACUCCCCAAUCUUACCUCGAAAAUAUCAUUCACGCCCUAUCUACAAACUAUGACGCCGGUGCAGACUCAGUGUCUGCGAUGUGUUUGUUUUUGGAGUUUGUGUUGCCUCGGGUUCCUAAGGAGUUUAUAACCAAGUCCGAGGCGACUAAGGCUAUGGAGAUUGUUGUUAAGGCUUUGCAGGCUACGAGUGAUAGCACUUUGGUCGAGUGUUUGACUUGGUUGCUGAAGUUGUGUGACUUGGACAAUUGGGAAUCUAUAAAAUUAGGCGUCGAGGCGCUUAUCUACUAUUCAACUCAUACACGGCUGGAGGUUAGAAAAUCUGCUCAGAUUUGUGCUGUGAAGGUCUUCCGUUCUUUUGAAUCCGAAAAGGUGAAAGAAUGUGCAAGUGAAUUGGUACUACAAAUGUUCACUUCCCAUGUGUCUUUACCCAUAGACGAAUCAAGUUCAGCGGAUACAGUAGAUCCAUGCAUUCUUCACAUGAUGGAUGUGAUGAGAUUCCUAAUACCCGAUUUACCACCAAAUUUCGCAUCAAAAGCAAUUCGAGCAUUACCUAAAGGAGCCAAGUCCUCAAUGGUGAUGAGGCGUAUUUUAGAUUUCAUGGAGAUUCUACUUGAAUACUUUGAAAAUGAAUCCGAGCUUACACCGAUAGAUACUGUAAUAAUAACAAAAAAGUGGAUUAGUGAAUAUUCCUUAAUCAUUUGUCGUAUAGCAGGUCUUCUGACAUCUGAUCAUGCUACUGCUACAAGGGCUUCAAGUAUUCUAAAGGAAAAGUUGAGCCGUUUAGAUAUCUUUGAUGGUGUAUCUUUUGAUGAAGAUGAAAACAUUGUUGCACCGGAGGAAACAAAAAUGGUGGAAAACUUAUGCGAUGCACUUUUAGAAAUUCUCAGUACCCAUGCAAACGAGCAUUCUUUACCUGUCAUCGCUGGUUUAUUUCAAAAUAUCGGGAUCAGGUCCAUUGUCUACAUGCACAAGAUACUUCUAAAGCUUGCUGAAUUUAUGACAAAAGCAUCUAGUGAUGUAAAAAAACAUGUUCAAGAGUGUAUCGGGUGUGCGGUAAUUGUUAUGAAGCCGGAAAAAGUACAUGAAUUCUUACCUAUUUCCAUUGAUCCCGAUGAACUUACUUACACAAACACAUGGUUGAUACCUAUUUAUAGGGAUCAUGUUGUUCUGUCAUCCUUGGGGUUCUUUAUUAGCACAAUAGUCCCUCUCUCCGAAUCUUUCAUGGAAGCAUGCAAAAAAGUUGAAGAAAACUCAGAAAUCAGAAAACAAUUUGAGUCUCAUGCACGAGGUUGUUUGGGAUUACUGCCCGCUUUUUGUCGCUAUCCAACUGACUUGCGUGAAAGUUUUGGAUCCUUAGCAGAUCACAUGAUUAAAUGGCUAAAAAAGGAUGUGUUUAUGAUCGAGUAUAUUGGCAUAGCUUUGCAGUAUCUUGUCAAGGGAAACAAAGGCAUUCGUUUUCUCUCUGGUGAGGAACUUUUCCAAGAUUGGGGGAUUGAAUACGGUAAAGAAGAUGCAAUGGGAAACAUGAAGGCCAUGUUACCAUGGUUAGAGGAGUUUUUGAAAGCUUUUAUCCAAGUUUUCUUUCAACUCUCCCCUGAGAAACCUCCUGCUUUUGUAAAGGACACGAUUAAAUGCAUGACACUUGCUAUUGAAUCUUCAAAAGUAAAAGUGAUUUUCCGUUCGUCACUUAAGAAUGUUUCUGUAGAUGAAGGGGUAGAGGAUGGGGAUGCAUAUGCGGCACUUUACAAAAUCUUGGUGGAAUCUUCCGACUUCAGAUCUUCAAAGUUUAAGCAAGUUAUGGAUUUAUUACUUGGUUUGAAACCCCCUAAGGAUAUAACUUCACUUAGAUGGCGGUUUUUGUGCUUCAAGAUCUUGUUAGUUCGCUCAAUGGAGAUAUUUCAUGCCGGAAAGAACAUUUAUGGUAUUCGUAUGCUGUAUGAAAUCAUAGUGAGGCCACAAGAUAAAAAAAGUAAAAAGGUGGCAGGCGAGAUCCUUGUAGAGACAAGUACCAUUUUAAAAAAACAAUCAUCUCCAUCAAAACCAGGAAAUUAUCAAGUAUUCAUCAGCAUGAUAAUGUUGUUACUCUUUUGGAGUCCUUAUCACGUAAAAGCUCAUUCUCACGUAAAAGCUGAUGCAGUCUCUGCGUUAUCUCUACUUGUAUCUGAUGACCCAUAAAUCUGUCUUCUGAUGCCAGAUGUUGUGCCAUCAAUCCUUGGAUUGUUGGAUAAGGAAGACAACAUACAAGUUGUAAAAGAUGUUUUAGGGUUCAUAGAGGCGUUAAUUGUCAAUCUUCCAGUGAAAUACUUGUACGACUUCCAUGCUGAUAUUCUUGGUGGGAUUCUUCCAUGGUGGUAUGUUUCUCUACAUGAUAUCAAAUCAAAGGUAUGUGUUAAGUUAUGUAUGUAUGUAUGUAUGCAUGUGAUCAUCAUGUGUUUUCAAUUACAUGUGACUAUGAUUUUGGAGAUUAUGAUGCAGAAGUGUGGUCCUGCAUCACUCAAAUCUCCUGUACUUGAGCAAUACCAAUAUUUUGUUAUGAAUGAUUUUGGGGUAACAA